AUGAUAGCUUCGAAUUAUUUUUCUAUACCAUUCAGACUUAAUUGGAACUACAAGAUCAAGACGAAUUUGACUGUAGACAUCGCGGUUCUACAAACUGUACUUGGUGCCUUGGUGAUCUGUGUGAUUUUGAUUAGCUACUGCAUCAAACAGAAGUCUUUGGUGCGGAUCGCUAAUCGAUUAAUCAUCAUCGAGCAUGACAUAGAUCGUCUGUAUGAUCUAUAUUAUCCACUACAACGACAACGUAUCUUCUACACUAUGAUCAUUGUUUGCAUCUUGAAGAUUUGCCUUUUGAUACUUCUCUUGUUCACUCAGAUCGUAACCGGUCAUACAGAUCCAAUCUCAUGGUUGACAGACGUUUUGCCGACAUUUCAUGUGGGUUGGCUACUGAUACAAUACUUCCUGUUGGUAACGGUCAUUCAGACAGAUUUCGCUGAUGUAAAUCGACUGAUACAAAGCCUAACCAGGACUAAUGCACCUGAUCUUCGACUGCAGUCUCUCUAUCAAACGCGUCGUAUUAUAAUCAACAAUUCCACCGUUUAUCAACUGUUGCAACUACGAGAUGUGCAUUGUCAUCUCUGUAAAAUCUCUGAGGAUGUGUCGAGUUUCUAUUCACUAUCAGUACUAUUCGGCAUCGUAUUUCUCUUUCUGACACUCAUAUAUAAUGUAUUAUUGAUGUCAUUGUCUGGAUAA